AUGGCCCCGGCCCGGUCAAGCGCGCGGAUCGGUCCCAGCAACACCAUGGACGAUCUGAUAUUGAGUCUCGACGAGGAAACGUCGCGCGUGCCCAAGAGGCUGCAGAAGCUUCGUGAGCUGAUACCUAGCCGCACCCCGUUCUCCAUCGAGCUGACCCUGUUGGUGACGUUGCCGGCUUCGGACUUCGCGGCCCCUCCCGAGCCGAGAUCCAUCCGUCCGCCCGCGAACGGCGACUUCCGCUUCCGCUCCCUGCUCGACACAUCCCUGCACGACUUCACGAUCCGCUGCCUGGGCGGGGUGGUGACGGCGACGCGCGAAUCGCUCUACCAGGCGUCGAUUCAUUUUCGAGAUUUCUUCGAGACGCAACGCGACGUGGUGGUAACGGCCGAAAAUGCGAACUGUUUGCCCGUCAAGCAGUCCCUUCAAUUCCUCCUCACCGGCACAUUCGAGCACGACGGCGAGAUGACGCCCGCCCACGCCCGUCAGCUCUUUGACGUCUCCAGAAAG